CCCGCCCCACGGGCAGCCCGCCUGUCCGCGGCAGGUGGCCCCGACCCCCGCCGGCGCCGCACGUCACUUCCUCGCAAACUUUCCCGAGCUGCUCCCUCCGCCAAAGUUGCCGGCGGCGGCCGCCCGGGCCGGGGAGGGCGUUGGGGCCGGCCGGGCAUGCCCGGCUCCCUGCGCCCGCCGGGGCACGGCCGGGCCGGCUCGGGCCGCCCGCGGCACCGUUAGCUCGGGGCGGGAGCCAUGGCCCGCAGCCUGGACGGCAUCGACCUGGCGGCGCUGCGGGACCCUGCGGGAAUAUUUGAACUGGUGCAGGUUGUUGGAAAUGGGACAUAUGGACAAGUCUAUAAGGGUCGCCAUGUUAAGACUGGGCAGCUGGCAGCAAUCAAAGUGAUGAAUGUUACCGAGAAUGAAGAGGAGGAAAUCAAGCUGGAGAUAAAUAUGCUAAAAAAGUACUCCCAUCACCGGAAUAUUGCUACGUAUUACGGUGCUUUCGUCAAGAAAAGUCCUGCAGGCCAAGAUGAUCAGCUCUGGCUGGUGAUGGAGUACUGUGGCGCGGGCUCUGUCACCGACCUGGUGAAGAAGACGAAAGGGAAUUGUUUCAAGGAGGAUUGGAUCGCCUACAUCUGCAGAGAGGUUCUCAGGGGYUUGGCGCAUCUUCACGCUCACCAUGUCAUCCAUCGAGAUAUUAAAGGACAGAAUGUGCUUCUCACAGAAAAUGCAGAAGUAAAAUUGGUGGAUUUUGGUGUAAGUGCUCAGCUGGACAGGACUAUUGGGAGAAGAAACACGUUUAUUGGCACCCCUUACUGGAUGGCACCCGAGGUCAUUGCCUGUGAGGAGAACCCUGACUCUACGUAUGAUUACAGAAGUGACCUGUGGUCUCUGGGAAUCACUGCUAUUGAAAUGGCUGAAGGAGCUCCACCCCUGUGUGACAUGCAUCCCAUGAGAGCACUCUUCCUCAUCCCACGGAACCCACCCCCAAAGCUGAAAUCCAGAAAAUGGUCAAAGAAGUUCCUAAACUUUGUUGAAAGCUGCCUUGUGAAGCAUUAUUUGCAUCGGCCGUCCACGGAGACGCUGCUGAAGCAUUCCUUCAUCCGGGACAUGCAGAACGAGCGGCAAGUGCGCAUCAUGCUGAAGGAUCACCUGGACAGGACCAGGAAGAAAAAAGGAGAAAAGGAAGAAACAGACUAUGAUUACAGUGGAAGUGAGGAGGAAGAUGAUGAGCUGAAUGAAGAUGAAGGAGAACCAAGCUCCAUAGUUAAUCUCCCGGGGGAGUCAACUCUGCGCCGGGAAUUUCUGAGGCUGCAGCAGGAGAACAAGAACCGCUGUGACCCUCAGCGGCAGCARCAGCAGCUCAAGGACCAGGAGAAGUACAAGAAGCAGCUGCUGGCAGAGCGGCAGAAACGCAUCGAGCAGCAGAAGGAGCAGAGGAGGAGGCUGGAGGAUCACCAGAGGCGAGAGCAGGAGCUCCGGAGGCAGCAGGAGKGUGAGCAGAGGUGGCCAGAGGCAAAGGGCGUUCAGAGGAAAGAGGAAAGGGGUAAAGAAGACAAGAGGGCUGUGGAAGAUGAAUACUUCAUUGUAGAUGGACAGAGGAAAUUGGAAAAGAAGCAGAAGAUGGAAGAUGUGCAGCACAGCAGGAAGGUGCACAGAACUCUCCCCAAAGAUCAGACACAGCUGCUGUCUCUCCAGCACGACCACAGGCUGAAGAAGAAGGAGCCUGCCCAGAGUUCCAAUGCAGCAGUGCAGCCUCCAUCGAGCAGCACGAGCCAAGAGGCCGAGGAGAGAGCCAAGAGGAGCGAGAGCCCAUCCAGUGCUGUGCCAUGGGCCGCCCCCCAGGGCAGGAUGGGAUCCGGGAGCAGCUCCAGCCCCUGCACCCCCGCGCCACAGAGAGCCCUGCUCGUACAGUGUGAGAAUUUCCGGGCUAGCAAGGACGUGUACCACAGCAGCUCCCUGUCAGACAUGGUGACAGCCCCGCUCAGCCCCGUGCAGGACGAUGUGUUCUGGAGCACGAGCCACARCGAAGAGCAGCCCCCAAAGGUUCCAGAAAGGACAACCUCAAAAUUCUACAGCAGGGAUCAGCCAGGCCAUCAGAGAUGCCUUUCAAGUGCCACUCACCAGGCAGCCCCCGGGGGACACGCUCUGAAGCUGAGCAGUGGCAGCAGCACUCCUGGCACCAAGCAGUGGGAGAUGGGAUCUCAUCAGAGCAGCUGGUCAACCUCAGGGAAUCCAGGACUGGCCAAGGCAGAGAACCUUUUGUCCCAGAACCACGUGCAGCUGCAUCAGAAGCCUGAAAAAGCUUCUCAUCCAGGCCAGAUUGCAAGUCCAGGCUCCUUCACCAAGGUGAAGGACAGUGCCAACUCCUUGCUGAAAGCAGCAGACUAUUCCUCCUCGAGUGAUGAAGUCAGCAGCAGCAGCAGCAGCAGCGAUGAAGAUGACACAAACCAUACAAGGCAACUGCUGAGCAGCAGAAUCGCCGAGUUCUCAAGGACRAGGGUACCAGAUGGAAUUGAACUGAAACCCCAAAGCACUGUGGCAGAACAGAAGGAUCAGAUUUUAGGGAAACAGAUUUCUAACACCCAAGAAGGCCUUUGGAGCAUAAACAACCAGAAUUAUCUCCUGCCAGAUCUCCUCCAGCAAAGCCAAAUUACAGAAUCCUCUGUGAACCCGCCUCAAGUGCCACUGACYUGCCAGGAACCUCAGAACAAACCCCUGACCAAGARCCCCUGUGCUGAGAGCCCCCCUGCCAAGAGCAGCACAUCCUCCACAACAUCCUUCACAUCCUUCAUAGACCCACGGCUCCUGCCCAUCACCCCUCCCACCAGUCCUGUCGGACCUUCCUGUAGUUCUCCAUCUGGUGCCAAACCUGAGCCUGUCAGGAGGGAAAAUGCGAGGAAGGGCUCUGUUGUCAAUGUCAACCCAACCAAUAUCCGCCCCCAGAGUGAUAGCCCAGAAAUCCGUAAAUACAAGAAGAAAUUCAACUCCGAGGUGCUUUGUGCUGCUCUGUGGGGAGUAAAUUUACUGGUGGGAACAGAGAAUGGAUUGUGGCUGCUGGACAGAAGUGGGCAAGGAAGAGUUUAUACRCUGAUUACAAGGAGACGGUUCCAGCAAAUGGAUGUUCUGGAAGGACUCAAUGUGCUAAUUACUAUAUCAGGGAAGAAGAACAAGCUGAGGGUGUAUUACCUGUCGUGGCUGAGAAAUAAAAUUCUGCGCAAUGAUCCAGAGGUGGAGAAGCGGCAGGGCUGGGUGUCUGUGGGUGACCUGGAAGGCUGUGUGCACUACAAAGUCGUAAAAUAUGAGAGAAUCAAAUUCCUUGUAAUUGCUUUGAAAAACUCAGUGGAGGUUUAUGCCUGGGCUCCAAAGCCUUAUCACAAAUUCAUGGCUUUUAAGUCCUUUACCUCCCUUCAUCACAAACCACUGUCAGUUGACCUGACUGUUGAGAAUGGGCAAAGACUGAAGGUCAUAUAUGGCUCAGUAGUGGGAUUUCAUGCCAUUGAUGUGGACUCUGGAUCUGUGUAUGACCUGUACCUUCCCACACACAUCCAGGGGACAAUUCGCCCACAUGCCAUUAUCAUCCUCCCGAACACCAGCGGGAUGGAACUCCUGCUCACCUAUGAAGAUGAAGGCAUCUACAUUGAUAUAUACGGACAUUUCACAAAGGAGACUGUUCUACAGUGGGGAGAAAUGCCAGCAUCUGUAGCUUACCUUCAGUCCAAUCAGGUCAUGGGCUGGGGAGAAAAAGCGAUUGAACUACGUUCGGUGGAAACAGGAAAUCUGGAAGGAGUAUUUAUGCACAAGAAAGCACAGAAACUAAAAUUUCUUUGUGAAAGAAAUGACAAGGUGUUCUUUGCAUCUGUACAGUCAGGAGGCAGCAGUCAAAUAUACUUUAUGACUCUUGGUCAAAAUGUACUAUUCAACUGGUAAAGCACAUCAAAAUGAAGAAAAUGAAAAAUUCCCUGUAGGUAGCAGUGUAAAAUUSUCAGAGGUAAUACACAAAAAUUUGCACUUUUUGCCUACAAAAAUGUUGUCAUUAUUGACUUAUCAAAAUUCAUAUUCUUUCAGUCUGGAAGGAAUUCCAUUUUCCUGUUGAAGUAUUGCAAACAUGUUUAGUUUGUCUUCCAAAGUACGUUGCAAACCAAGAUUGUAUUAGGAGACUUWAAUGAAGAAUGUAGCCAAUACAAGAAGCUCCUAUACUCUGAAAAGUGUACGGUUUCAUUUUUACAGAUGAUGCAAUGUUGUUAUCUUGAACUGAAGUCUCUUUUUUGGACYGCAACACCUGCAGGUAGAUACAAAAGCACAGUUAGGAUCUAUUUUGAAUCGGGUUUGGGUUCAUUUUGCAGUUUAAGCAAGCUGUUGCUGUGUCACCAAGAUGAACUUGAAUGACUUGUGCAAGUCUUACAACACUGAAAGAGUGACUCUUUCUGGUGAGUCCCAGUGCAGACCAGGAGGUUUGAGGAGUCCUCCCCCCUUGGACCUUGAGGGAUCAUCCCCUCUGCUGAGUKGACAGGUGUGUUUCAGUACAGAGUUUAAAAACAGUUAAUUCUGAACAUGUGCCCCAUCUGAGARAUUUUUACAAAUGCAGGGGACAGACUUUGUGUUCCUCUCAGGGCUGGAUGCCUGAGCCCAUAGACACAGUUACUGUAGAAUGUAUUUGUAAAAAUAUUUUAAAUAGUCUGUCAAAGCCAUAGAUGCAUAGAGCAUUAUGAAUCAGAACUUGUAACUUUUAUUUACACCUGGGACCCACACUCAUACAAAUUGAUUUAAAGGCACUACCCAUGUAUAUAAAUAAGGGCACAAGAGCAAGCACCUUCUUUUCUUCCUUCUUGCUGUUUCACAUCAAUCUUUGUGUAUUUGUAUGUAAAUAUAAUCUUUCCACAAUGGAUGUUAAGAUUAACAAAUGUAUACUUAAUAUAGUUAUGAAAAUAUCCAAAGAGUUAAUCUAUUAUAAAUAGAAAAUAUAAAUAAUUCCAGGUGCUUUCUAUGCUAAUUACAUCUAAAUAAAGCUGCGUCCACUAGUGUUAUUGGUGCCAGUGUUUCUGCAUAAACUCUGUUCUCAGGGGCUUAUAAAUUGGCCAUAAAAUUAUAGAGAUAUAAUAUAUAUAUAUAUAUACUAUAUAUAAUCAUAUACUAUGAUUCAACUGUAGGGUUUAAUGUACUCCUCAUUUAGCUGAUUUCUGGAUGUGCUUUGAAAUUGUAAAGCAUCAACYGUAAUACAAAAGAGCUCAUUCCGGRUGUGACACGGUAGGGAUGAUGCURUGGACAAAAGUGAAAUCAUUAGUUACAGUGCUUGAAAAUAGGUGGCUUUUACUUGAAAUAUUUGAUACUGAAAGGUGCAGGGAAAGUGUGUUGGAAUAUCUGGUCGUCUACCUCAAGGAUGAUAAUUCUGUGUUGACUCAGAGGGCAGAAAUAGAGCUGUUGGACUGUCGCUGUGCUGUCCAGUACGUCAGUUCAGGUGUUGGCAGUGAUGCUGUGACUGACAGGUGCUCAGAACUGCUGUCCCUGUGUGUGUCAGCAGGGAAUCAAACCAGGGCUAAUCACCCUUCCUGUUCCCUGUGCUGGCUCCUCACUGCUGCAGCAGGUCAGAGGUGCCUGCACUGUUGCUGUCUAUAUUUUUGGCUAUAUGGAGGACUGCACUUUCCAAAGUUAUUAACCUAGCACUUUUCACAGGCACUAGCUUAUCUCAAAAUGUAUAGUGUUUUUYAAUGAAGUAUUUUCCUUUUAAAUGUUUAACUAACAGAAAAAAAAAUAAGCCUAAAGCCAUGAAUAUCUGCASUUAAAUAAUCAAAAUGGUUCUUAAUGUAUGUGAGUAAUUAGCUUGUGUGCAGACUGGAAACCUGAACAGAAACUGCUUGGCCAGAUUUGACAACAGGAGCUCUGUCUGGUUGUAGUGAUGUCCCUACUUGUUGCCAGGGCCAGGGCUGGGGCAAAUGAGCAAAACCUGGCUUGGCUCCCUAUGCUGCUGAACACUUGGGCUUGUUUCAUUUGACUUUCACAGAACAAACAGAAAACAAAAACUCCACCAACAAAACCAAACAAGCCCAAAUCUAUAACAGAAAGAGACAUGAAAGUUACAAUUACUGGCAAAAACUAAGUUGUAAACAAUCCACUUAUAAGCAAUUUGCUUUUGACUUAAAAGUCUAAAAGACUGUGAAGGAAGAAGAGCUUUCAUUUUGCACACAGUAGGUGUGCAAGAUUUGCAAAACUGCUCGUGCUAUAAGCAAUCAGUGAUCCAGRGUGCCCUGUAAUAUUUUUUAAGUGUGCUGAUAUCAGCAGCUUCUGCAUUAYAGGGGAUGCAUGUCAAUUUUUUCCCUUCCCUGUUCUGGUGUCAACARGUAGGAGGCAGAUAUUUUCCUGAUGACAGAGACUAGUUAAAAAGAAUUUAGCAAAGAACAGUGGGAAUUUAUAACAACAACCCAUAUCAACAGAUUAAAAAAACAAAUGCGAUAUACUUGUUUAAGCUUACUGUAGCAGAAAAUUGUGACAAUAAAUUGAGACACUGUGAAGAUAACUCCAUACUAAGAGGGAAAAARCCCAAACAAUCCCAACUUCAAGAGUAAGAAUGUGCACUAUUACACUGGGAUUGUAAUUUUUCAUUUCCCUCUAUUAGCUCUUUCUUCUUUCUAGCUACAAUUCAAGGCAGUGGGUUGGAUUUUCAUUUUCUAUUCACUGUARAGAAAAACCAUUAAAAACUAUUGGAAUUUUUGGGGUUACAUCCAUGUGUAAUUAUGGAAAGAAUGCUUAGAGGCCCUUAGAGGUGAAUGCUUUAGAAGGAUUUAAAAGUGGCAUUGCAAAUAGCAAUAGCAACUGGAUGCAACAAGGAGGAAACUCUGACAUAGUUUCUCUAUCAAGAGACAGUAAGAACGGUUGAAGAUGAGAAAGCCCAGAAAUGUUGAGAGGAGUAACAGAAGAGAGGGGAAGUGACUGAAGCAGAGGGAAGAGCUGAAGAAAAUAAACAGGAGUAGCCAAAGGGGAGGGAGUGGAUGUCUGGCACAGCAUAAUGCUGAUGGAGGAAUACAAAGAGUUAAAAGAGGUUAAGGAAAUAAAGGAACCAAAGAAAUUGAAAGRUAUCUGGAGUGACUGGGGGGCAUCGAAGGGAGUAUUUUGAAUAACUGUUCAGCUGAAAGCAAAAGUACAAAGGCUAGAAGAAAACAAAAAUUGAGUAAUCCAAGGUUCUCCAGACACAAUUUUACCUAUGCAAAAUGUGUAUCAGAUUUGUAGUUUCCUUUUGUGAGGUGUUUCAUUAGCUUUCAUUAACUUUUAAAAGCAAGGAGUGAAGUACUUAUUGUGUUUUUCUAGUGAUGUCACUUUGACAUGAAAAAAUGCUACAGGGGCAGAAUGUGAAGGAUCCAUGUCAGUAACCCUUUGGUACAUGCAGUCUCCUAAUGGCACAUGGUGCUCACAACGUUGCAUUUGGGACACAAGAUUGUGCUGAUGCUGCAGCAAUGUAGAACUGUGUGUAUGUGCCUGCUUUCAUUUUAGGCAUGGUGAACUCUCUGCUGCAGCGUGAACCUUGGCACAUGCCUUUAAAACCUGGGAACAAUUCAAGUUAUGUACUGUAUACUAUGUAUUGUUCUCUAAUGUUGAAAUUGUACAAUUGAAACAGUAAUAAAAAUACUC